AUGAUGGGUUUCAUUUCCAAAACCUAGAAAUAUGCAAUCCAUUUUGAAAUGUUUUAGCAAUGGACAUUACUGUUUGCUUUAUAUAUCAGCUCAAAAUUCAAUGCAAUGUCAAUAUUAGCAUUAUGUAGUUUAAAGGAGUUCUUUAUAUGUAAAAUAAAUGCAUAGUUGCCUUCACUUAAAUAAUAGUAAAUAAUCCAUUAAAUUGGAUCUGACCUCCUUCUCUUUAUAAUAAUCUUAUUGGAAGACUAUAGUUAAGCAUAUUUAUCAGGCACAGCUAUCAUGGUUCAUUGGUUAAUUUUAUUUCAUAUUUCUAAAUCUAAGAUAGUGAAAAAGAACACCAUUAGCUCUACAUAAUAAGAAAUGAAUGAUAAGAUUCUGAUUGACAGUGUAGGCAACACUUAGAAUCAUUCCCGUUUAAAAUUUAAAGAGAAGGCCAGUCAUCAUGAGAGUCCAAUAAUUGAGCGAGACAAUAGGUUAGAAAUCUUGAGCAUAUUUCCUUAAGGAAUUGGGUUGAUCAAAAUAACAGACAAGAAAAUAGAGUUGGAGUAUCAUAAUGAAAAUUUGUUAAAAUUAUCAAUGGCCGAAUAAUCGGAUUAAAUUCUAAACUCUUUGUUUUGUUUAGAACAAUAGUCUGUGCAGGAGGAUCAACAGAAGCAAUAAAAUGACUACAAGAAUUCCAUGAGCUCAUUUUCUACAUUUUAAUAAACUCCUAUUCCUUGUAAUUUAAUAAGCAAGGCCUCUCGAAAUGAAAAGAGAUCUUAAACGAAUAAGUUAUAGAGUUCUCAUAAAUUGGAAUUGUUUAGAUAAAAUUCUGCUCUGAGCAAUAUUGAAUACAAGGGCGUUAUCUUGAGGAAAUGUGAUACUCUGGAAGAAUCGGUAAUGAAUGUUAAUUAUUUAGAUUUUGGAAUAGGAAUUGAGACUGAUCUCCUCAUAAAUGAGAAAGGUAGAAUUUUAAAACUAUAUGAAAAAUCAAAAUUAAUUGAUUCAAGAACAUGUAGUAAUUUUGGGCUAUUAAAAAGGACAAGAUGGAAAAAAGAACAGAACUAUUGAAGUCAAAUUGUAUAAUGCCUUAAUCAUAGAUGUCCCUUACAUUUUGAUGCUCAUUAGGGACAUAACCCAUAGAGAUUACAUAUAGUAGUUACGUGACUAUAGUAAAUAGAAAUCGAAGACCUUAUCUUUUGUUAGUCAUGAAUAUAGAACACCUUUGAAUUGUAUAAUCGAUAUGCUUGAACAAGGAGUUGAUGAUGAUCAGAAAUAUUCAUCUCAAACUAUGAUCAUGGAAAAAGAUAUACGGAGAUCAACAAAGUAGAAUAACCCUAUUAAAAUGGCCAAACAAAUUAAAAUUGCGUUAGAUCAUGCUAAAUACCUAUAAAAUUUAAGUGACGAUCUAUUAGAUUUGGCAUAAAUUAAGGUUGGGAAAUUCAAGAUCAACAAAGCCAAAUUCAAUUUUAAUCAAUUAUUAGAAACCUGUGUAGAUUUAUUUUAAGUCAUGGCAGAAAGAAAAUAGAUCAAAUUAUAUAUCAAUUAUGAAAGCAAAGCUCCAAGAUACAUUUGUUCUGAUCCUAGUCGUUUAAAAUAGAUUAUGAUAAAUUUAUUGGGGAAUGCUUUCAAAUUUACAGAAGAUGGUUCAGUGACAAUAAAAGUGGCUUGUGUGAAUUUAAGAUUGGAAGUAUCAGUUGUUGAUACUGGAAUUGGGAUGACAGAAGAAGAUUAGUUGAGAAUAUUCUAAGCAUUUGGAAAAGGGAAUAGUGAAGAACAUAAGAAAAUGAAUAAAUCAGGUGUGGGAUUAGGAUUAUUAAUUAGUAAUUAAAUUUUACAGAAUUUGAAUUAAGACUUGCAAAACGGAUUAAAAUUCAAAUCUUAAUAUAAAAAAGGUAUUUGUUGUUAAUAUUUUUGAAAUUAGGCUCUACAUUUUAUUUUCAGAUUCAAUAUUAGGACAUAAAUGAGAUAAAAUCAUUGAAUAGCAUGGAAGAGCGAAAUUAAGAUAGUGAGGAAUCAAUCAUAAUGUAAUAAUAACAGGAGGAAUCCAUUCACAAAGUUUAUGUCAAUAAUUAAGCUUCAAUUUUUAAACGAUCAACGAAAGCCAUAAUGACAACUUAGAUAAUGAUAGUUGAUGAUGUUUGUAUGAAUAUUGACAUGUUGAAAAGGAGAUUAGCUUAAAUGUAAUAUAUGAUAAUUAUCAUAAGAGGAUAAGAUCAUAUUGAUUCAGCCACAAAUGGGUAUUUGGCAAUAGAGAAAUGCUAAAAGAAAUGGCAAGCCAAUUAGGAUUACUAUAAGUUAAUAUUUAUGGAUUUGGAGAUGCCAGCAAUAAAUGGAAUUUAGACAACUUAAAAGAUCUUGGAAUUGUCUCAAAAGUAUGGAAUUGAUGUUAAAAUAAUUGGAUGUUCUGCAUAUGAAAGUUUGGAACAAAAAUAGGAAUGCCUCAAUGCAGGAAUGAAGGAUUAUAUAACCAAGCCUAUUCAAUUAUAAGAUCUCAAAAGAAUUUUGUAGUAGUAUUUAUGA